AUGGCCGAAACCCAGGAAUUCGAUAACCCGGAUGUCCCAACAGGCAGAAAGGCAUUUGUCCCUUUAGAAAACAACCCAGAAGUAAUGAGCUCUCUGGUACACAAACUUGGCUUGUCGUCGACUCUUUCAUUUCACGACGUUUGGAGUAUAGACGACCCUGAGAUGUUGGCAUUUGUUCCUCGACCUGCAAGCGCUCUUCUGCUCGUUUUCCCAGUCAGCAAAACCUACGAGACUUACAGAAUGGAAGAAGAUAAAUCCAACAAAGAGUAUGAGGGUAAAGGUGGCGAGGAGCCUGUCAUUUGGUAUAAGCAGACGAUUCGGAAUGCAUGCGGUCUCAUCGGCGUUCUCCACGCUGUCAGUAACGGCACUGCAAAAGACUUUAUCACCCCCGGGUCUGAUCUACGCAAGCUGGUUGACGAUGCAACCCCCCUCGGCCCAAUCGAACGCGCAGAUUUGCUGUACAACUCGCAAGCCCUCGAAUCCGCACACCAAGGUGCCGCUUCACAAGGUCAAAGCGAUAGGCCCGAUGCCGAGGACAAUGUCGAUUUACACUAUGUUUGCUUUAUCAAGGACGCGAAGAAUAAUCUUUGGGAAAUGGAUGGCAGGAGGAAGGGCCCCAUCAACAGGGGUAAUAUUGGAGAGGAAGAUGUCUUGAGUGAGAAGGCCUUGGACUUGGGAGCACGACCUUUCUUCAAAAGAGAAGCAGCAGCUGGUGCCGGUGAGAUGAGGUUCAGUCUAGUCACAUUGGCUCCAAGCAUGGAUUAG